AUGUACUUGCUCAUUGGCAGUAGCGACGAACGCACUCCGCGCAGAGCUCCAGCACCCUCGAUCAACCCACGGGCACCCCCAGGCGUCGCGACCGCCGCUUAUGGUAUCCCUACGUUCGGGAGUCAAGCUUCGAGACCUUUGCCAACCCGCGAAGAUUCGUCGCGAAACUACGUGGUCACUUCCACGCACUCUGCUCAGGCUAGCCGUCAGUCUGGUGAGAACGUUCCGCGUCGGUCUUUGACCUCCCAACAGGGUCUAAGUCCUCUGGAUUAUGGACCUUACGAUGAAGACCGUAGACAACAGUUUACUGCUCUCUCGACAAGUGCCUACUAUGCUACGAGGGAGCGACAAUUUCCGGUCAGGAGUCGACAGCCCUCAGAUCCCAACGUCAGACCGAGAGCCUUGCAACCUUCUAUCUCAGAAGCCUCUCGGCAGACUGUGACUGGCAACUUGGCGGAGACUAAUCCUCAAGGAUUGGUAACGGUACGCCCUCCUCCUCAAUCAAACGUCCCGGGAGGACGACGUCCAGGCCCUGCCAGAUAUUCGGUGUCAGGGGAUGCAACUGUCAGCAUCGACGACUCGACACUUAACCCCCUCUACACUGUCAAAAGGUCAGCGUUCUACAAAGUUGGAAGGGUGUUUACGGUCUUAUGGCACGAGAACUACAAUGACGCGCCUAGAAAUGGCCAGGCCGCUUCUCGAAACACUUAUACGAGUGAGAAUAUCCCCGUCAGCACCGGGCGCUUUGGAGAGCGGAUAUACACUACACCACGCCGCAUGGUAGUAGUGCGAGAAGACCAUGGCCAUUGUGUCUGCAUUCAGAUCAAUACUUACGCCUCAAGAGGUCUGAAGAAGUUCGGGCGGAAUAACCCCAGAGACGUUGAAGCUCAUUCAAUCAUUCACAUGGAAGAUUCCGAAGCAAGAUGGCUCGAUGACGAACCACAGUCAAGCAAACGGAGUAUCGCUGUCCAGAAAGUAAGAGGUGGGCAGAGGCUAGACCCAGCCAGCCGGCUCUGCUAUUCUCGUCCUCACACCGUGGAGCAUACUGUCAAGUCAAUGGAAGUCGGGAUGGUCACCAAAGAAAGCCUGCCAUAUUUAUUGGGCUACUAUCAAACCCAGAACAAUGUUACCUGA